GCAAGAACAGUGAUAUUUCGAUAAUGAUUCGAGAGGCUCAAAGUAUCCGCUGAAUCAGCCGAGCUAAGGCCCAAAGGAGCAAACUUCCGCCCGCCAACGCCGAGCAUCGUCUGAGUUCGAGAGGCCGUCAUUCACACAGCAGACAUCCCAUAUCGCACGACAUCAUGCCCCCUCCACGGCUGACAGCCGCAAUACUGCGCGCGAAACCGCAAACAAGACUGCAAUGUCUCCGCCGAACAGCGUUGACAGCGCGAUACGCCUCGUUCGAGUCUACACAGCCUUCACAACCUGACCAGCCAACGGUCCCGUGGAAGACCCCGCACAGCAUCGAACAAUGGCCACCUGCAUACCUGAUACCGCCUCCCAAAGAUGGCGAGGUUCUGCUUGAGCGCAAGCCCAAUCGUGCGCUUCCUCCUAUCCCUCCACUCAUCUCUCCCCAAGUCCUCAAGACCCUUCCAAUCUUCGUUAUUGCGAUGACUGUGUCGGUCCUCGUCUUCUUCAACUACCAAAAGCAAGAGUCCUCCGUCGUGACAUCCACGCUCUACGCGCUACGUACGAACCCGCUAGUGCGCGAAGAACUCGGCGACGAGAUCUACUUCGCAUCCAAAUACCCGUGGAUCAGCGGCGAAAUUAACCAGGUGCAUGGACGCAUUGAUAUCAGCUUCAAUGUGAAGGGGACGAAGAGGCAGGGCAACGUCAGGCUUAGGUGCAAGAGGAGAGGCAGGGGAGGACUCUACAGCACACAGGAAUGGAGUCUGACUAUGGAGGACGGGCGGAAGCUCGAAUUGUAUGAUCCUCAGGGCGAUGCAAUUGAUCCCUUCCAAAUGCCCGUCGACGAGGAUUAAGCGCCGCAUGCUAAAUCGAGGGGCAUGCGAAGACAUUAAGACAGGGAUUUUAACGCGGUGGUUGGGCGCUUCGAAGUGUGACAGGUGUAAAUAUAGUUGUACAGCUCAACAUUAUCGUGUACAACACAGCAUCGCUGGACUGAGUUAUUAGAACAAGCAAUGAUCAUCAUUGGACGUGCCAGUUGAGGAGUUGAGAGAUAACCUGAAAAAUAUUUGAAGUUAUCGUUGUUCACAUGUU